AUGACACACGGCGCGAUAAUUCAACCUUCGAGCGACAAAAGCCUUCUUCGUCAUUUAAUCAAAAAGCGUAUAGCUUUUCCUAUUCCUCCUUGUGCUCCGGGUGGUUCUAUUAAUCAUAUUCAUUGCUGUCCUCCUGGUUGUGCUGGCGGGGUUCGUUUUAAUGGUAUUGCUAGUCCUAGUUGUAGUACUAAUGGUGAUUGUUACACUUGUGGUAGUUAUUGUUUUACCUGUUAUAUUCUGCUUACGAUGCGUGUAUUGCUUCUUGUAGUGCUACUUGUGGUAUUGAAUAAUAUUGGUCAAGAACACAUUUUAAUCAAAGUUGAUAUACAAGAAAAGUAUGCUUACGGUUUUGCUGAUUCAUUUAUACUUUCAUAUACUUUAUUGGCAAAUGAACUCUACCAGAACAACAAAACAAAUGUUGUACAUUGUGAUGGAGAUAAUGGACCAUUUAUCCCUCAUGCAGCUGAUCUAAACAAUAUCUUAAACUCUGAAAACAUUGGCUACAAUCACGAAUCUAUAAUGUCAACUUCAAUUGAUCAUUUUGGGAUGAUGGCAGAGGUUGGGCAAGCACAAUUGGACACAGUGACGAUUACCUUUAUAAAUGACAGCAAUACACCUACAAACAUUUCUGAAAUGUACCAAAUAGUUGAAGAUGUGAAAUUGAUUGACUUUGGACGUUCAGUAGCUUGGCUCGACGAUAAGGGAACACUCGCUGUACUCAUUGCCAAGUCGGGAAAUCGUAGUGGACUAUGGGGACGCUCCUACCUUUUUAUCCUGGUACACGCACGCAACUUAUUAAUCCUUCGUGACGACGGCAAACUUAUACAUAUUCCAUCGACUGAUCCUGGUUUCUGCUCUAUGGAACAUUUGGAAGUCUCUGAAGUUUACCGCGAAUUGUUAACUUGUCUCGAUAGUGAUAUAUGUGCUUCGCUUUCCGUGGCUUCCCUUCGCAAGGGUUCUUCAACGAAAGAAUCCACUUCGAUGGUUUACUCUUUUUUAUCGAAACGAUGCGUGAGUGGAACCUACAAGAGUACAACCGGCUUUGGCCCCUGUACAGUCUGUCCAUCAGGAACAACAAAUCCGGGAGGUAAUAAGUCAUCUGAUUGUCAACCAUGCAAGCCGGUAGAAUUCUGUUCGCUGGGUGCUAGUAGUGAAGUCAAUGUCACUGUGUUUAAUUCUACUACGCAAGUAUUCAACUAUCCAGAUUCGCCUAUUACCGACAACUAUGAUGAUGUAUUGCUACUUAACUUCAUUCCUAGUACAUGGACAGCUGGUUGCGUCUUAUCUUCACCUCUCUUCGUUGCUGUUCUAUUCAUAAUACUUUCUUUCAUAAUAUUGCUCAUUAUAUUAACCAUUAAAAAACGACAACCGACUUCAUUUGACACUCAUCGGGAACGGGCAAAACGCAUUCUCAAGCACACUGACCUUAUCGGAGAAGAAGAACGCUUGGUUGGUGGUCUCGCAUCGAUUGCCAUUUUUCCAAUUAUCAUAUAUUCUAUCGUUUUUGCCGUCUAUUAUUUUUUUUCAUAUUCCUCCGACAGCACAUGA